CCACUCUCGUCUCCAUCAUGCCCGCCCAACUCCCCCCGCCGCGCAUCUACCACUCCGACUACCCGGUCCCCAUCCUCCCCGCCAUCUCCGUCUUUCACUAUCUCUUCCCCCCGACACCCACGGCGUCCGUGUAUCCGCAGGGCUCGUGGUCCCCCUCCCUCCCCGCUUUCAUUGAUGGGGUGAGCAGUCGCGUGCUCUCGCGCGGUGAGCUGCGCGAGACGGCGUUGCGCGUCGCCGACGGCCUGCGCCGCCUCGGCGUCAAGCCCGGAGACGCGGCGACGAUCUGGGGCGCCAACUCGCUCGAGUGGGUGCUUGCUGCGUACGGGUGUGUCGCGGCCGGCGUGGUUGUGUCCCCCGCGAAUGCCGCUUACGCACCACACGAGCUUGCGCACCAGAUGAACGACUCGGGCGCGCGCGUCGCGUUCAUCGCCCCCGACCUCCUCCCGACAUUCGAGGAGGCGCGCAAGGAGCUCAAAUACAAGGACAUACCGGUGGUGCUGCUCUCCGACAUGCCUGUGCGCGGACAUCGCGUGCUGGCGGACAUCUAUGGGGUGGCGAGUGAAGCCGUGUCGUUCGACGGGGUGCGCGCGCACGAGACCGCCUGGCUCUGCUACUCGUCCGGCACGACGGGGCUCCCGAAGGGCGUGAUGACGACACACCACAACAUCACGACGCAGAUCCAGACGACCAUGCCCGUCUUCGAGAAGCUCGAAAGCGGGCGCGACGUCAUCCUCGGCUUCCUCCCGCUCAACCACAUCUACGGCACGAUCUACAUGCUGCUGCUGCCGCUGGCGUACGGCAUCCCGACGGUGCUCCUCCCGCGCUUCGACGAGCUCGCGGCGCUGCGCGCCAUCCAGACGCACCGGGUCACGCUGCCGCUCUUCGUGCCCCCCGUCGUCCUGCGCCUCCUCCAGUCGUCUAACACGGCGGGGUUUGACCUCUCGUCGCUCCGCGUCGUCAUGUCCGCCGCGGCGCCGCUGCAGGAGGACUUGAGCGCGGCGUUUGAAAACAAGUUCCGCGUCAAAGUCAUCCAGGCGUACGGCAUGACCGAGGCCACGCCGGGCAUCACGUCCAUGAGCUCAGCCAUGGCGCCGGGGCGCGCCGGAUGGUCCGGCCGCCUCAUGCCCACGUACCAAGCGCGGCUCGUGGACGAGGGCGCCGACGUGCCGCCGGGCCAGCCGGGCGAGCUGUGGGUGCGCGGCCCGAAUAUCAUGAAGGGGUACCUUGGGAAAGAGGACUGCUUCGAGCCCGGCGGAUGGUUCCGGACCGGCGACGUCGCGGUCAUCGACGACGAGGGGUGGUUCAAGAUCGUGGACCGCAUGAAGGAGCUCAUCAAGUACAAGGGCCUGCAGGUUGCGCCGGCCGAGCUUGAGGCGCUGCUCCUCGAGCACCCCGAUAUCGUCGACACCGGCGUGAUUGGCGUGUACGAUAAGGCGCAGGUCACGGAGCUGCCGCGCGCAUAUGUUGUCGCGGCGCCGGGCGCGGAUAGGGCGCGCUUGCCCGCCGCCGUCGAUGCGUGGGUGGCGGCGCGCGUGGCGCAGCACAAGCGCCUGCGUGGCGGGAUCGUCGUGAUUGACGAAAUCCCCAAGAGCCCCUCGGGCAAGAUCUUGCGUAAGGAGCUGAGAGCGCGCGCGGAGAAGGAGUGGGAGGGCGCAGAGAGCAAGGCUAAGUUGUAGUGGGAUCAUUCAUAUGC